GUCCCGGCCAAUGGCUGGGAGCAGGGCUGGGAGCUGCUGGGCGACCGUGGGUUCCAGAAGCGCCGCGGCCUGGUUAGGGUGCUGGCAUGGCCGCGUGCUGGUGAACGCAGAGUGCGCGAGGGGCCAGCUGCCACCAUGCCCCGGGGCGUGGGCGCUGCCCAGCUCUGCCUGCUGGCGCUCGCCCUGCCGGGAUGGACCAGUAGAGGAAGUGGGGAAGGCAGCCCCCAGCCACAGCAUGAACUAAUAAUACCUCAGUGGAAGACUGCAGAAAGCCCCUUGAGGGAAAAGCAUCCACUCAAAGCUGAGCUCAGGGUGAUGGCUGAGGGGCGAGAACUGAUCCUGGACCUGGAGAAGAAUGAGCACCUUUUUGCUCCAGCCUACACAGAAACCCAUUAUACUCCAAGUGGCAACCCUCGAACCACCACCCUGAAAUCUGAGGAUCACUGCUUUUACCAUGGGACAGUGAGGAAGGCAGAACAGUCCAGUGUCACGCUCAGCACCUGCCGGGGAAUGAGAGGACUGAUUAUGGUGAGCAGUAACCUCAGCUACAUCAUCGAGCCCCUGCCUGACAGCGAGGGCCACCACCUUAUUUACAGAUCCGAACAUCUCAAGCUUCCCCCUGGGAACUGUGGGUUCGAGCACUCCAAGCCCACCGCCAGGGACUGGGUCCUUCAGUUUACAAACCAGACCAAGAAGCGACCUCGCAGGAUGAAAAGGGAAGAUUUACACUCCAUGAAGUAUGUGGAGCUUUACCUUGUGGCUGAUUAUGCAGAGUUUCAGAAGAAUCGACGAGACCAGGACGCCACCAAACACAAGCUCAUGGAGAUCGCCAAUUACGUUGAUAAGUUUUACCGAUCCUUGAAUAUCCGGAUUGCCCUCGUGGGUUUGGAAGUGUGGACUCAUGGGAAUAUGUGUGAAGUUUCUGAGAACCCGUACUCUACCCUCUGGUCAUUUCUUAGCUGGAGGCGGAAGCUGCUCGCCCGGAAGAGCCAUGACAAUGCACAGUUAAUCACGGGCAUGUCUUUCCACGGCACCACCAUCGGCCUGGCCCCCCUCAUGGCCAUGUGCUCUGUGUACCAGUCUGGAGGGGUCAACAUGGACCACUCUGAGAAUGCCAUUGGCGUGGCUGCCACCAUGGCCCACGAGAUGGGCCACAACUUCGGCAUGAGCCAUGAUUCUGCGGAUUGCUGCUCCGCCAGCGCGGCUGAUGGUGGGUGCAUCAUGGCAGCCGCCACCGGGCACCCCUUUCCCAGAGUGUUCAAUAGAUGCAACAGGAAGGAGCUGGACAGGUAUCUGCAGUCAGGUGGAGGGAUGUGUCUCUCCAACAUGCCGGACACCAGGACGCUGUAUGGAGGCCAGAGAUGCGGAAAUGGGUACCUGGAAGAUGGGGAAGAAUGUGAUUGUGGGGAGGAGGAGGAAUGUGAUAACCCCUGCUGCAAUGCCUCUAAUUGCACCUUGAGAGAGGGGGCAGAGUGUGCCCAUGGCUCCUGCUGUCACCAGUGUAAGCUGCUGGCCCCUGGCGCACUGUGCCGUGAACAGGCGCGGCAGUGUGACCUCCCAGAGUUCUGCACGGGCAAGUCCCCCCGUUGCCCCACCAACUUCUACCAGAUGGACGGCAGCCCCUGCGAGGGUGGCCAGGCCUACUGCUACAACGGCAUGUGCCUUACCUACCGGGAGCAGUGCCAGCAGCUGUGGGGUCCUGGAGCCCAGCCUGCUCCUGAUCUCUGCUUCGAGAAGGUGAAUGUGGCAGGGGACACCUUUGGAAACUGUGGGAAGGACAUGAAUGGGAAACACAAGAAGUGCAACAUGAGAGAUGCCAAGUGUGGGAAGAUCCAGUGUCAGAGUUCAGAGGCCCGGCCCCUGGAGUCCAAUGCAGUGCCCAUCGACACCACCAUCAUCAUGAACGGGAGGCAGAUCCGAUGUCGGGGCACCCACGUCUACCGAGGUCCCGAGGAGGAGGGUGACAUGCUGGACCCAGGCCUGGUGAUGACCGGGACCAAAUGUGGCCAUAACCACAUUUGCUUCGAGGGGCAGUGCAGGAACACCUCGUUCUUUGAAACAGAAGGCUGUGGGAAGAAGUGCCAUGGCCACGGGGUUUGCAACAACAAUCAGAACUGCCAUUGCUUCCGGGGCUGGGCCCCGCCCUUCUGCAACACACCGGGCCAAGGGGGCAGCAUCGACAGCGGGCCCACGCCCCCCGAGAGUGCUGGUCCUGUAGUAGCCGGCGUGUUUUCGGCCAUCUUUGCGCUGGCGGUCCUCAUGCUGAUGUACCACUGCUGUAAACAGAACAACAAACUGGGCUACCUCAAACCCCUAGCCCUCCCUUCCAAGUUGAGGCAACAGUUCAGUUGUCCCUUCAGGGUGUCUCAGAACAGUGGAACUGGCCACGCCAACCCAAUGUUCAAGUUGCAGACACCCCAGGGCAAGCGAAAGGUGACCAACACCCCUGAAACCCUACGGAAGCCCUCCCAGCCUCCUCCCAGGCCCCCUGCGGACUAUCUGCAUGGUGGGUCCCCACCUGCACCAUUGCCAGCGCACCUCAGCAGGACUGCUAGGAACUCCCCAGGGGCCGGACCCCCAGUAGAGAGGAAAGAAUCAUCCAGGAGGCCUCCCCCAAGCCGGCCAGUGCCCCCCGCACCAAAGUGCAUCCUCUCCCAGGAUUUCUCCAGGCCUCGUCCACCCCAGAAGGCACUCCCGGCUAACCCGGUGCCAGGCCGCAAGAGUCUCCCCAGGCCAGGGGGCGUCUCCAUCCUGUGGCCCCCUGCCUCUAGACCUUAGCAGACCCGGCCCCUGGCAGCGCCUGCCCCAAAGUUUCCUGAAUACAGGUCACAGAGGGCUGUGGGGAUGGCUAGCUCGAAAAUCUAGACCCGUCUAAAGGGGCUUCUCCCUUUCUGUGAGGACUCUGAACACCACAGAGGAGCUGUGGCCACGGAAUCUGGAGGAAGCAUGCCUGGCCCCCUCUGAGCUCCUCCUCCCCCGCUCCCCUCCUCCUGGAACCACUGCAUCUCUGAAGAAUCUCCUCCUUGACUCAGUGCCUCCUCGGCUUCCUCAGAGGCCUAGAGUGCCUAUUGUCAACGGCAUCCAAGUGUUGUUUUGUGCAAUAUUCAGCCCCAGGUAGGGAGGGCAGAGCGGAAGAGGUUGAAUGGCUGCUCGUCCCCCAUCCACCCUUCAGCUGGCCCCUCGCCCCAGAGGUGCCGGUUGAGCUGGUUCAGGCUGUCCGAGCUGGCGAGCCCAGCUGGGAAAAGUCUGUUUAGUCCUUGAGGCCAGGACUCAGCUUGGAGAAGCCAUCCAUCCACUUCCUAUGGAGGAGGGUACGCAUGAGAGCUUUCCUUUGCUUCCAUCUUCCUCAGAGGUCCCAGGCUGGACAGAGGCUGGGCACUUACUGUCCCUUUUAGCUUUACUGAUCGGGAGGGGUCACUCCAGCCAGGGCUUGGUUGAGGUCACAGCUGCUGGCUCUGUGGCCAUAUGUGAACACGUCAAGUUCCCUCCUCACGCCGCCCCCCUCCCCCCACCAAAGCCCCUGCAUCCCCUUACUCCCAAGGGUCACUCUGACUCAGGUACUAUUUGUAGGCAGUGUAGACAGCAGGGGGAGCACAGCCCGGGACCCCUCUGAGCCGUCAAGCCAAAGGUUUCGACUCCGCUCGCCACUGUUCUUGCUUGCUCCUUGUUUUCUCUUCUGCAUUUUCCAAGUGCCUCACGCUUUUGAUUUCUCCUUCCCCGCUGGGACCCGCCUAAUGUGUGGUGCUGUUGAGAGUGAAUCCCCGGCAGUCCCGACUUCCUGGGACUUGGUGCUGUGACCUGCAAGUCAGGCUCCUGCCUGCGGGCUGGCCACGGGAUCUCCUAUGUCGGUUCUCAAGAGUGUUGACCCGGGUAGAGUCAGGCCAUGGCUGUGGGGUCGUAGCUUUACUUCCCAUGGUGUGUGGUGACCUCAGCAGAGUGUGGGUCUUCCUUUGACUCCCUGACCUGAAUCUGAGCGAGGUCCUCAGGGACAGUGGUGUGUGCAGGGAGGAGAGCGGACAUCCUGGGAGCCCCAGCCUGUCCCCAGAGCUGGUCCCUGGCUUGAGGCAGGACCGUUGUCUUCUGAGCAGAGAGCAGACCUGUCUGUAGAGAUCCCUAGAGAAGCAGCAGCCAGCGGCCUUGACAGAACAGAGUCCGUGCCGGGACCAGCCAGCCAUUUUCUCAUCCUCUUCCUUGUGUUCUUUCCUCUGGUCCUGUCCUCCCCACAGCAGGGAAUGGGGGCUGUGCGGCGCUCUGCUGGCUGGGAGGUGCUCUGCUGGCUGGGAGGAUUUUCAGAGAGCCACCAGAGAUGUUCUCUGGGACGGUCUCCCACCCCAGAAAGGUGCUGGGCAGCUUGGGGCCUCCCCGCCUCCUGCAGUGAACAGACGUUUGCUCUUGAAAACCUCAAUGCAAGGAAGAGGCUUGAGUUUUCACUCCCAACCACUACCCCGGGGCCCCCUUAUCGUUCUCUGUAUACAAUAGGUGCUCACUAGAUAUUCUUGGGUUUGUAGACAAGUGGGAGAUUCAGGCUGUGCACCUGCAGGGGACACUUGGGAGAGAUUUAGAAAGAGCUCAGGAAAAUGAAGUUCUCUUCCCUCAGGUAGUCAGGUAGUUGUGAUAUCGGUGAUGUUCACACCCCUGUCUCGCCGACAAGGGCCCUGGUUGCUCCCCACAGCCGAUGUCCACCAUCCUUGCUGCCUGAUGACGUCAGGGGACGGCCUUCCAUUUAAGCGUGCUACUCGAGACGCCCCAGGCCUCAAGGCUGGGCCCCAGAAAAUUAACGGUGAAAAUACCUCCCCACUGAAAUCACCCUUAAAGUCAACCCCCUGCCUCACUGACAUUCCUGUGGCAUGUCCAGCUUUUCUCCCCAACGUCAGGAGGCUGAAGGCUCUGAAGUGAAAAUGCCCCAGCCACUGUGGCUGCAUGAGCCUUUCGAACCUGAAAUCCACCCUCCCUGGAACCAUACCGGAAAGAGACCUGGGUUGUUGCUUUCUGGUUUGUUUCCGUUUUUGUUUUCCAUUAUUUUAAUACCACCUCCAUCCCAUAAACAUUGUACUGUGAACUGGAAAAUGGUUGAAUUUUCUAAAUUUGAUAAAACUUUCAGCAGCCGGUUCUACUUACCGUGUGACUCCUGGCUGUGUUCUGGCAGGCCGGAGGGGAGGCUUCCCAAGAGCAAGCCUGGCUGUCAUAGCCCGUUUUUCCCCUCCUGUGUCCAUGUGCUGCUUUGAGAUGACGAAAACCAGUAUGGACUUAGGGAAAGAGGCACUUCAUUCGCAAGGAUUACUGCAAGACUGGGGAAGGGAGUGUUGCGAUAGGCGCAGGGGGCAAUUGCAUUAUGAGAAUGCUCAGGUGAGCUGAGCGGCUACAAGAUCUAUGAGCAUCCCACAGCUCAGAAGGAAGGGGCCUUUUAUAGGAAGGAGUGAGCAUGGCUGGAAAACACCAUAUUCAGGGACCAUCUCUGUGGUCAGCCUUUGGGGGUGGGGCUGUAUGCUGGCUCUGGCCAAGGGUGAGUCCAUGCUCAGGGUCUGGUGGGGAGGAGGGCAGCCUAACUGAGGCUUGUUCGAGUGACUUAACCAGCCUUCUGUUCAGAUGGAGACUAUGUAAAUCUUUUUAGAAGCUAACUUAGCCUCCUGCCAGUUUUUCAACCCUAGGUGUGUUUUCCUUAAGAGCCUAGGAGGCACCUCUGAAAUGUAAACCUCAAGGGACCUCAAGGGGGAUCGCACCCUCUCUCCCUGUCUCAGUGGGAGUUUUAGCCCAGGCACCGGGCUCCAGUGGUAACUGCCUGCUUGCCGUGGGUUCUUUUUAGCCUUAUUGACUUCUCCCUGUAAAAGAAAAGCUCCUUUCUGCCCCAGCUCUGAGAGGCUCGCAGUUCUUAGUGUCUCACUGUAGACCUUACAGUACUGUCGUAGCCCCAUCCCCCUGUGGCCAUGGCCCCUCGCCGUCUCUUGCAAUCGUCCUUUUGAACAAAGCCUCCCCUUACCUAUGUCAGAAUUUGUUCUUACUUGGCCGAGGGUAUGGAAGACUUGCGCGUUUUAAAUUGGGGACCAGUUCUAAAGUCGGUGAUUGCGUUAAAUGUGUAUGUAACAACUCUGCUGGACAGCCAAGAAAGUCAAGAGUAUGCCAGCUGGCAAGGUGCUCCGCCCAUCCUUAGAGAACCGUGCAAAGGAGAGGUUCUGCAGAAUCCAAGCCAAGUGCCCCGAGAGUCACCCUUCCAUGCAUCCUCUCUUACCAUCCACUGUGUGUAUGUACGUGUGUGUCUGGGAUCCAGGGCAAUGUGAAUUUUCUUUUUAUUUGGGAGAUUGUUCACAGAAAACAGAUCCUCUUUUCUCUUGUCCACCUAUUAAUUGUUUACAAUAUUUGUAUAUCUAUGCAAAAUACUUGAAUGGGCUGUGGUGCCUUUUUUCCUUGUUUGUAUUUAAUUAAAUUGUCAUUUGAAAUGUCUGGUUUGGCAACUCUUUUUUGUUUGUUUGUUUUAAUGUUGCACUGGCCAGCCUGGAUAGGAUCCAGCACCGAGGACUCCUCAGAAGAGUUCCUACAGAGACCGUCUGUCCAGCCUGUGAGGCCACCAUGGAAGACCUUGAGCCAUAGAAAAGCCCUGGGUUUUCCCAUGACCAGUCGAGGGAGCUGUCUUUGCACCUGGACACAGGCCAGUCUAGUUUUAAUAGGUCUGGGGUCACUCAAGGCACGAAUGAUCUAGAUCUACCUUGAGGAUUUGUGAGAGCUUAAAAGUAUUCACGUGAAGCUCUUAGCACUGUGGUGGGCUCCUCGUAAGGGCUCAGGCAUAAACAAGGGAUGGGUGUCUUCCACUGACGCUAUUCCCCCAACAGCCUUUCCCUCUCUAGUGAAGGCGUGGCUGUAGAAGGCACUGGAGGGACUUCCUUGGCAGCCAGAACUCUCCAGAGAUUGGGGACUGGCCCCCCCGGCACUAGAGGAACCCGUCUAAUUGUUCCGUGUCCAAGGAAAGCCAAGAUGGGAAGACGAGGCUGAAAAUGGACUGCAUCAUUGUUCACAAAACCAAGGCCGGCCAACACCCAACACGCCCGCUUUGAAAGCUUCACUGGAGAAGAGAAGUUAGAAAAACAGGGAUGUCCCACAGGCUGCAUACCAAGACCAGUGGCUGCUGAACAAUUUACAACUAUAUAUAGACUGUGGCUCACAUUCUAUUUCUACCGGACAGUGCUCUUACAGAGGAAGAGACUGAGGGCCAGAGAGGGAAGAUGACCAGUGGCGGGUCACAGAGCAACAGAGAGGCAGAGUCAGGAUUCCAAUCAAGUCUGCAGACUGGUACUCCAGACCAAUGCUACUUACUACUCUCACACACCUUCACAGCUGAAAAGAAAUCCCAAAAUCAGUGCACUGGGUGUUUCCAGUGUGGUAUGGCGGAAAAGCACUGGGGGAGGAAUAUAGAGUAGAGACAUGAGUAAUAGGAAUGCUAUUUAUAGAGGGCUUGCUAUAUAUUAUAUGCAUGCUUGUUUAAUCUUUGCAACAACCCUAGGAGGCAAAGGUUUAUUAUUAUCCCCUUUUCCAGUCCAGUGAGGACACAGCCUGUUCCGUGAGAAGCCAAGAAUCAAAUGCAGACACUCUCUUCAAUACCACACAAACUACUUAGAGUCCCAAGUCUAGAAACAUCCCAUGAGACUUGGGUAGGCCACUUCUCCUGGCAUCCUACACUGGAUAAAAGGGCUGGAAAAGAUGUACCUUAUGGUCCUUUCCAGUCCUGGAGAGCUGGUCUUCUGGGCAGGGAGGGGAAGGACAGAGGGCUGUCUCCUCCUUCAAGCCAAGCUGGAAUCAUGGGCAUCUAGACAGUCAGUAUGCAGAGGCCGGCCUACUCUUCUCUUCCAUGUGGUUCCCCAGGAUGGCUGCUGUCCUCAAAAAGAGCUUUACUGUCUUAUGCUCAUAAAGAGCGUUAAGAAAUAAUGCUUGGAAUGGACAUAAGUGCACUCAGACUGGCCCUAAGAAGAGCACCGUGCCCAGAGAUGAGGUCCACAUGCAACUGGCAUCAAUCAUGAUUAUUAAAACAGCACACUGAGUCCUUCCUCUGAAUGCUAAGAACUUUGCAGGCAUUGGCUCACCUGGUCAUUACAAUCCCUUACUCUGGGUACCAUUUUAAGUCCCAUUUUAUAGAUGAAGGAACUGAGGUUCAGAGAAGUGAAGUGACUUUACCAAGGUCACACACAGUGGUAGGGACAGAAUUUCAAGCUGGGCUUGGGCAUCCCCAGAGUCGUGCUCUUAACCAAGGCACUGGUUUGAGGAGGCCAGGGUCUUCUUCCCAGACCUGUUCCACGUCCUCCUCUGCAUGGGGUAGCUGGGAAGACUGGGACCAUCCAGAAACUACAUGGAGCAGCCAUACGAUCUUCUCAUCAGCCAUCCUUCAGAGUUAGAGCUGGAAGGGCUCAAGGAAUCCAACCCUCUUAGUUGGCAGAUGGGGAAACUGAGGCACAGACAGGGGCGAGUUCAUGCCCAACAUCACUCUGCUAAUUUGUGGCAGAAUCAGUACUUCACUCAAAGUCACUGGAAUCCCAAUCCAGCACUUUUAUCUACUA